CAUUUUUAGGAAUUACGACAAAGCCUAAUGCCAACUGUUUCUCUUAUGUCCCAACAGGAGUAUCUGCAGCCACAGAAGGAAGAAAAUAGACUGGAGCAUUAUGGAUAUGACAUCCCCCUCUCCUUUCAUUGUCUCAACACAAAUCAAUGCAACAUCCGCUGGCAAAAACAGAACCUGCUAUGAUUCCGGCAUUAACGAAGAAGUGCUUGUUUAUGCAAUCUUCACUAUGCUUUUUUGUGUAUUGGGAAUGUUGGGCAAUGGCCUUGUGAUCUGGUUGCUGGGCUCCUCCGUUAAGAGGAACACUUUUGCCAUUUAUAUUAUCAACCUCUCUGUUGCAGACUUUGGUUUUCUCACCUUUGAGCUGAUUAUCGAAAUCCACUGGCUUUUUACACAUUUGUAUUGUGACUUUCCCUACGAACUCUUCCAAACAGGCCUGCUGUUAAUGUACAGUACAGGGCAAUUUCUCCUGACAGUCAUCAGCAUCGACAGGUGUAUUUCGGUCCUUUACCCAAUUUGGUAUCGAUGCCACCGGCCGGUGUAUAUGUUCACUGUUGUGUGUGUUGUCAUCUGGGCCGUUUCCUUCAUCCUCUCUUCAAUUCAUUUCACAAUUAUAGCAGUGGAUGGAUUUGGAAACAGUUAUACUCUGAUGUAUCAAUUCAUCAUUAAUGCUGUGCUUUGUCUCCCACUUAUGACCAUCUCCAGUGUCACCUUGUUUAUCAAAAUCUGCUUCAUAUCCAAAAGCCAAAGGCGGAGGCAGCUUUUGACAGCUAUUUUGCUCACACUUUUCUUCUUUUUAGUUCUGGCUUUUCCACUAAAUGCCUUUUAUUUUAUCCUGUAUGUUUUCAAAUAUAUACACCCCAACCUUGUACAUUAUGGCUACUUGUGUACCUGCAUCAACAGCGGCAUUAACCCCCUGAUUUAUUACCUGGUGGGGAGACAGAGGGGUAAAGCCAGGAAAGGCAUCAAAGACUUGUUUCAAAAAGUUUUCAAGGAGGAGGAACUCUCUACUGAUGAACUGGAGACAUCGGAAGGUUCCAAGAUCUGAAUGCUUUACUUUCACUCUUGUCAAUCAAAAGAUGCAUUUGUUUCUUUCCAAGCAAGCCCAUGUAUAUAUUUUUAUUUAAAAGAAACUAGACUUUAUGCUGAUUAAUUUCUGCAUGUAUCCAGAAUUGGUGCAGAUCGUUAUCUUUGUGGAAAGCAUAACAUUUCUCAAGUUGGACUAAUCUAUUUACCAAGUAUUAUCUGAAGACUAAUGAACUUGCUCUAAUUCAUCCUUCCCCAACUUGAGUGGCCUCCAAUUCUGUGUGCUUGAACUUCAAUGUCUAGCUAGUAGGAUUGUUGCUGAGAAUUUUCAAAGUUGGCAUGUACAUCAUCAGAGAAUUGCUAAGCCAUGGACUGACACAUGUAAGCUUCAAAAUGUCCCAGGUUCUAUCACGUACAUGACCAAUAGUGAAGGAUAAUGGAACCGUAGCUCUACACUACCUGGAGAAUCCUAAAUCUGUAUCUCCAUGAGACCAGGAUUCAUCAACUCAAUUGUAUCAAAAGGUGGACAACAAGAAAAUCAUAUUUAAAUAAAAAUAUUUUUGGCUGAUUCUAGAAGAAAAGAAUCAGAGAAAGACUGAAAGAAUUUCAAGUGGUAAUAUCUACAAACUGAUCUAUCUUCCAAUAUAUAUUGUAGUUAGAGCAAUUACAUUUCAACCAUUUGUUAUAGCUUUAUGGUCUGGGCAUACAUAAAUGAGAGGUUUAAAGGUUUCCUAUUAUAAGGACAGAAGCAACUGCAACUAAAAUAAUGCUGUAUAUUUAUUAUAGAAUGUUAAAAAAAUACCAUUAUUUACUCAGUGUAUUCCUCCUAAAGAGCUAUCAACAAAGCAUGGCGUUGCUCUUAACUUUUUUUGGGGGGGGGGGGGGGGGCUUUCUUGUGAAAGUGCAAAUGACUAUUUUAGACAAAAAAUUUCCAUAUAGUUCACUCGCUGUGGCUCCAUGUAGAGAAAAUGAAUUUUGCUAUGCUAGAAUCAUGUGGGGCUACCCAUAAAGAGUUUUUAAAAAUUCAAGUGGUGCAGGAAGGGUGGUAAUAGCAGUUUGGCAUUUUGAUUUUAUUGUAUUUAUUGUACCAUAUUGUCAAUGGUUGCCUAAUCAACUUUGAAAUUGUAGGUAUCAAAUUCCUAAAUAGUUCUGGGUUAACAUAUAUAAGAAGGUUUCUGCUCUCGUAUCAACAGAAGGCAAUUUGCCUGUCUUGGGUAAUAAAGGAAGCAUUCUAAGCUUUGUGGUUUCAUGCUUAAAAUUCAUUUAAAUUACACAGGCAUCACAAUUAUAGAAAUAAAUAGACGUUUAAGCCUGGGCUUAGCAAAGUUACUUUAGCCUUAAGCAACUUUAAUUGCACCAAGGAGCUUUUUUUCUUCUUCCAGUAAAUGCUGAUGAUAUUUUAUCUUUUAUAUGGUUAAAUAGAAGUUUAUACCUUCA